AACCGACUAAUUUAAUAAAAUCUCGAAAAUUAUCUCGAUUCAAAUAAUCCGAUUAAAUAAAACGCACUUGAAGUUAUCUCGCGGCAUUUAAUUAUUAUCAUUACCUCAAAUUAUUAUCAUUUUAAUUACGCUCAAGAGCGGUAAGAGCCUCAGUUUGUCCGCCGGAUUCGUCGCGGAAAAGUGUUGCGUCGUACGAAUUAAUUUAAUCAAACUAUUUUUACUACCGUGUUUAUUUCACUAUUACCGCCUGAUAACCGCAAUGAUUAUUUCCUUCAGAAAACCCACCGUCAAGUACUUCGUCAUCGCUUUGACCGCCGCCAUCAUCCUGGCAAUCCUCGGCACUAUUGUGUAUUUCCUGGUUAAGGGCGAGUCGAGCGGCAAGGGGGCUGUGGUCACCAACGGGCACACGUGCGCCCACAUCGGCGCCGCCAUCCUCGCGAAAGGGGGCUCGGCGGUGGACGCCGCCAUCGCAGCUUUGUUCUGCGAGGGCGUCUCCAUGCCCCAGAGCAUGGGGCUGGGCGGGGGCUUCCUGAUGACGGUCUACUUCGCCGAGAACCGCACGGCGUACUCGCUGAAUGCGCGGGAGGUUGCCCCGCUGGCGGCCUCCAAAGACAUGUUCGAUGGGAACAGCUCGCUGUCGACGAAAGGGGGGCUUGCGGUGGCGGUGCCCGGGGAGUUGAGGGGCUACUGGGAGGCCUACCACAGGUAUGGGGGCAAGGUGGCGUGGGCCGAUUUGGUGCAGCCUACCAUAGAUUUGUGCGAAAGUGGGGUCCUGGUGACGGAGUAUUUGGAGAAGUUGUAUGCGAGUCAGUUGGAAAGCUUCAAGAAGGAUCCUGUGAUGGCUGAGACUUUUAUCGAUCCGAGCACUAAUCGCACCUAUAAGAAGGGACAAGUGGUUAAGAGGCCACGGUUGGCCAAAAGUUUGGAACUGAUGAAGAGUUUUGGGGCCGAUGCUUUGUAUGACGGUACUUUGACGAAGGGGUUUGUUGAGGAUAUACGGAACAAAGGUGGGAUUAUCACGGUGGAGGAUAUGAAAAACUACAAGGUUAAAUGGCAAGAACCCAUCGUGGUUCAAAUGCCCAACAACCAGACGCUUUACACGGCACCUUUGCCCGGCUCUGGUGUGAUCCUUAGUUUCAUAAUGAACCUCCUUAACAAUUACUUGGACAAUUCGCAACCCUUGUCCGUCACAAACUGGCAACGAAUCGUCGAAAGCUUCAAAUUCGGCUACGGCAAAAGGACAGAACUCGGUGACAUCACCGACAGCAACUUUGCCAAUGUCACAGACUUGGUCAAAAAGCUCAUUUCGCCGGAUUAUGCCUCCGAAAUUCGGCAAAAAAUCCACGACGGUACCACCUCCCAAGACCCGUCGUACUACGGCGCUAAGACGGUCCAACCCGAGGACCAUGGUACCGCCCAUAUCUGCGUCCUGGCCCCCAAUGGGGACGCAGUCUCCGUCACAAGCACCAUCAAUUUAUAUUUCGGCGCCGGUUUCAUGUCCGAAAGCACCGGAAUCAUCCUCAACAACGAAAUGGACGACUUCUCCUCCCCCAACAUGAACAACAGCUUCAACGUGCCGCCGUCCGAAGCCAACUACAUCGAGCCCGGGAAGCGCCCGUUGUCCUCCAUGGUGCCCUCGAUUGUCGUGGGGGAUGGCGGGGUUGAGCUCGUGAUAGGGGCCGCAGGAGGGACCAAAAUCACGACCUCGGUGGCGCAGAUCGCCGUCAAGCAUUUGUGGUUUGGGGCUCCGAUCGGAGCAGCAGUGCAGGAGAAGCGGAUUCACCAUCAGUUGUUCCCGAUGGAGAUUGAGUUCGAGAAUGCGUUUAAUGAAACGAGAGAUUUUGUGGAAGCGUUGCAUAAAAUUGGGCAUGAGUAUACGAUAGCUGAGCCGGGGUCGGGGUUUUCGGCGGUGACGGCCAUCUCCCGGAAAGGGGGCGAUGUGGCGACGGCGAGUGAUGUGCGGAGGACGGGCGACGAAGUUAUAGUUUGAUGGUGGAGAUAGUUAGGUUUAUUUAUUAUGGAAAUUUAAUUUAUUUGCAAAUAAAACCACUGAUUCGUAA